AUGCGGGUCCCUGAGAACCUCACAGUGGACAGCGGCUUCAUGUUGCUGGGGCUCUUCUCAUCUGCCCAGGCACGCAGGGCCUUGCUCCCGGUCCUGGUCCUCCUCUUUGUCCUGACGGUGACAGAAAAUGCGUUCAUGAUCCUGCUCAUUUGCAGGGAUCCGCGGCUCCACACCCCCAUGUACUUCCUGCUCAGCCACCUGUCCGGUAUGGACAUUCUGCACAGCUCCAACAUCGUCCCCAAGAUGGUCGCCGACUUCGUGACCGGCAGCGGGGCCAUCUCCUUUGCAGGCUGUGGGGUCCAGGUCUUCCUGUCUCUCAUCCUUCUGGGCGGCGAGUGCCUGCUGCUGGCCGCCAUGUCCUGUGACCGCUAUGUGGCCAUCUGCCACCCACUGCGCUACCCGGCACUCAUGAACCACAGGACUGCCCUUCUCAUGGCGGCGGGCGCCUGGCUCGUGGGGACCCUCAACUCCACGGUUCACACGGCCUGCGUGCUCCGCUUCCCCUUCUGCUCCAGGGCCAUCGACCACUUCUUCUGCGAGGUCCCCACCAUGCUGAAGCUGUCCUGUGUGGACACGGCGCGCUACGAACGAGGCGUCUAUGUGAGCGGCAUCAUCUUCUUGCUCGUCCCCUUCGCCGUCAUCUCAGCGUCUUACGGUCGCGUUCUGCUCACGGUGCUCGCCAUGAGGUCGGCGGAGGCGCGCAGGAAGGCCUUCUCCACCUGCUCCUUCCACAUGCUGGUGGUGGUGAUGUACUACGGGCCCUUCAUCUUCACCUACAUGCGGCCUAAACCCUUCCACUCUCCCGGCCAGGACAAGGCUCUGGCCGUCUUCUACACCGUCCUCACCCCGGCACUCAACCCGCUCGUCUACAGCUUCAGGAACAAGGACGUUCUGGCGGCUGUGCAAACCCUGCUGAAAGGUCGCUCUCCUCGUGAGACGUGA